AUGUCUAGUGAAGACGAACUUGUGGCUAGAUUCCGUGCGAUCGGAUUGGCUGAAAAGAAAGCUGUUGACAUUGCGAAGAACAAGAAAGUUGCCGACAGCUUUCUUGCCGUUUUGGAGGAGGGCGAUGUUUCUGAGCCCAAGGAUGAGAAGCAGUUGAACUUGUUGCAAAGCUUGGCUGUGGAAAGCAAAAACUGCGGAGAGCCCGUUGCAGGCCGUAAAUGGAUUGUUAGUGCUAUUUUGGAUGGCAGAUUGAAGACAAACUUGCAAGUGACCGAGGCGUUCAAGUACGUCAAGGAAAACGGAGAGAAGAGUACUGUUGAAGGCAUGGAAGCGGCGUCUGGAGUCGGAAUUGAUUUGUCGCGUGACCAGGUGAAGGCAGAAAUCAUGAAGUACAUUGAUGAGCAUAGAGAAGCGGUCGAAGCCAAGAGAUAUGCCGGUGUGCCAGCAUUGUUGGGCGAAACGAAAAAGCUUGCCAGCUUGAAGUGGGCUUCACCUGCAUUGUUCAAGCCUGUGAUUGACGAAAUUGCGGCGGAAAUCUUUGGCCCUAAAGACGAGCGUGAUGUGGUGAAGAAGGAAAAGAAGAAGAAGGAAGUCAAGGCCCAAAACACCAAAAGUGCUCCCGAACCAGCCAGAUCCAUGUUCACCGAGGGCUUUUUGGGCGACUUGCACAAGCCAGGCGAAAACCCUCAGGCUUAUCCCGAAUUGAUGAAGGAGCACUUGGCCUUCACCAAAGGCAAGGUCUUCACGAGAUUCCCACCGGAGCCCAACGGAUUUUUGCACAUUGGCCACUCCAAGGCCAUUAUGGUGAAUUUUGGUUACGCAAAGUACCAUAACGGAAACUGCUACUUGCGCUUUGAUGACACGAACCCAGAGGCUGAGGAGGAAGUCUACUUCAACAGCAUCAAAGAUAUGGUUUCGUGGCUUGGUUUCGAGCCUUGGAAAAUCACUUACUCGUCCGACUACUUUGAUCAGUUGUACGAGUUGGCAGAGAAGUUGAUUCAGUUGGGCAAGGCAUAUGUGUGUCAUUGCACAGCUGAAGAGGUUAAGGCGCAAAGAGGAAUGAAGCCCGAUGGUACUUUGGGUGGAGAAAGAUUCCCAUGUCCCCACCGCGACGUUAGCGUUGAAGAGAAUUUGGAGAAAUUCCGCCAGAUGCGUGACGGCAAAUAUAACCCAGGAGAAGCCACGUUGCGUAUGAAGCAAGACAUCUACUCUCCUUCGCCACAAAUGUGGGACUUGGUGGCAUACAGAGUCUUGAACGCCCCACACCAUCGGACUGGAGAUAAGUGGAAGAUCUACCCAACUUACGACUUUACACACUGUUUGGUUGAUUCUUUCGAGAACAUUUCUCACUCCUUGUGCACCACUGAAUUCCGUUUAUCUCGAGAGUCAUACGAAUGGUUGUGCGAUGCUUUGCAUGUUUACAGACCAGCUCAACGUGAGUAUGGUCGUCUCAACAUCACUGGUACGAUCAUGUCCAAGCGGAAAAUCGCCAAAUUGGUCAACGAAGGCUACGUUCGUGGUUGGAAUGACCCUCGUUUGUACACUUUGGAAGGUAUUAAACGUCGUGGUGUUCCUCCAGGAGCCAUUUUGUCGUUCAUUAACACCUUGGGUGUCACCACCUCCACCACCAACAUUCAAGCUGUGCGUUUUGAAAGUGCUGUUAGACUGUACUUGGAUUCUACUACUCCACGGUUGAUGAUGGUGAUGGAUCCAGUUUUGUGCGAGAUCGCCAACGUCGCAGACGACUUCGAAGAGGUUGUGGAUAUGCCAUACAUUGCAAGCAAGCCAGAGUUUGGAAGCCGUAAGUUGACUUUUGGCAAGCGUUUCUACAUCGACAGAAGCGAUUACAGAGACGUGAUUGACAAGGAGUACUUCCGUUUGGCGCCAGGCCAACCAGUUGGUUUGAUGAAGGUUCCCUUUAAUGUGAGCGUGGUGGAGGUUGUUCGCGAGGGCGAGAAGAUCACCAAGAUUAUUGUCAACUACGACAAUGAUGCCAAGAAGAAGCCUAAGACUUACAUCCAAUGGAUUGGAGCCGACAAUGCUAAAAAACUUAGCGAGGUGAGAUUGUACAACCAGUUGUUUAAGAGCGAAAACCCACUUGCUCACCCAGAAGGAUACUUGAAGGAUAUCAACGACGAUUCCGAAGAGGUUGUGCAAAACUCCUUGGUGGAAGCAGAAGGUUUUGAGCAUGUCGUGGCAAAAUCGCCAUUCAACAUUCAAAUCCCAGGCUCUCAGUUUAACAUCAAGGAGAAAGCAGGCCCUGAGGCGGUGCGGUUCCAGGCUAUGAGAAUCGGGUACUUUUGUAUUGACAGCGACAGCAAGAAUAAUGACAUUUUGAACAGAAUUGUCACUUUGAAGGAGGAUGCUGCCAAGGCUUAA